UGCUCAUAUACAUACACGCAAUAUAUUGUUUAUAUACAGUCUCAGUGCUUAGGCAGAGAGGAUAAAGAAGCAAGAAGAGAAGAGAAGAGAAUUCAGAGAGAGCUAUGGCUACAUUUAGUGCUCAUCCGGUGCUAACUUCCCCUCGAGACGAUGCCAUGCACCUUUACAAAGCUUUCAAGGGAUUCGGGUGCGAUACUGCAGCAGUGAUUAAUAUCCUUGCCCAUAGGGAUGCCACACAACGCGCUCUUAUUCAGCAGGAGUAUCGAGCUAUGUACUCUGAAGAGCUUACCAAACGUUUGGCUUCUGAGCUUAGCGGUAAAGUUGAGAAAGCAGUAUUACUUUGGAUGCAUGACCCUGCAGGACGGGAUGCUACUAUAAUAAGGCAGGGUUUGCGUGAAACAAGCGAUUACAAGGCCGUCACUGAAGUGAUAUGUUCACGGACUCCAGCCCAGCUUCAAUACCUUAAGCAAAUCUAUCAUUCAAUGUUUGGUGCUUACCUUGAGCAUGAUCUUCAAGUUCUUAGCGGUGAUCACCAAAAGUUGCUGCUAGCAUACGUUAGUACUCCCCGCUAUGAAGGCCCAGAAGUUGAUGCAGCUUUAGUACAACAUGAUGCUAAAACGCUCUAUAAGGCUGGUGAAAAGAAGUUAGGGACUGACGAGAAGAAAUUUAUACAGAUAUUCUCCGAGAAAAGCAGGGCACAUUUGGCUGCUGUUAAUUCUGCUUAUGAGAACACGUACAGCUCAUUGAAGAAGGCAAUAAAAAGUGAAACCUCUGGGCUUUUUGAGUUUGGCCUCUUGACUAUUUUACAGUGUGCCCAGAAUCCUGCAAAAUACUUUGCUAAGGCAUUGCACAAGGCAAUGAAAGGAAUGGGGACAGAAGAUUCGACACUGAUUAGAAUAGUGGUUACUCGAGCUGAGGUUGACAUGCAGUAUAUCAAAGGAGAAUACCACAAGAAAUUCAAGAAAAGUCUGAACGAUGCGAUUCAUUCAGAGACUUCAGGGCAUUAUCGUGCGUUUCUUCUCUUGCUUUUAGGGCCAAAUCAUUAGGAGAACUGUGUAGCAGUGCAAGAUUUACCAGGAUCUUGUGUAUUUCAGUAAUAAAUAAGCAUGCAUUUGCCCAAUGUAUUGUAGUAACUGCUAACUAGGAUCUGGACCUUAAUUAGCUUUCUGAAUGUGUAAAGCUUUUGUUGUUUCUGUAAUUUCUAAAUCUCUACCUCUAAAAUUUAUCUA